AGAGCUGUUAGGUGUAAAACCUAGUUUUCCAAUCCUUGACUUAUUCCUCGUGUGUUAAACGCUACGUCAGCUGUGGAAUGCUUCUAUGUUCUCUUAAAAUUGAUACGCGAGACCGGGGUACUACUUAAGCAAUCGAUACGCUACAUGACAAUUGCGACGACACUGAAGGCCUUUUCAACCGAGAUCUCUCAAGUUACUCACUUACAAAUGUUACCACAGCGAGUUUCUUGGCCGGUAAAUAGUUAUUGCUGUUGUCUGUAAGUUCUCCCACGUCUUGACAUAACUUUUAUUCACCCAUUCGGAUGGAAAAGCGAAGAACAGGUUAAUUAAUACAAAAACAAAGAGAAGGAAAAUUAGCAAUAAAACGACAGGUAUACCCAAACUGUGAAACUAAAGCAAAAAAACUGUUAACUAAACCAAUAUACAACUGCAAUGACGGGCAAAGCAAAGCAGAAACGCGAAUCGUCAGCCAGUAGACCAGUUGUGACAAUAAAACAUGGAAAAGCCCCAGAAGUUCAAGAAGUUGAUUUCGCAACCCGUGUUAACGACGUGCCGGAGCUUUACACAGUCAUCGGCGACCCAGUCGUCGAAACAGAAAGCAGAAAACACAGACGAAAAUCGAAAUCGAUGACGACCAAGUCCACCAUGACCAACGAGGACGACUACACUGUAGUUCACACCAACACUCCGUGCACAUCACCUACGUCAUCGGUGCGCUGUGACGAUGCUAAUGACGUCAUGGAAGUGGGACAUAAAAUGGUCGGUUGGAAAAUGACUCCGAGGGUUCAUUUUCCACCGCCUAACACAUUGAACGCAGCAUCGCUUCGAACGUCAGAAUUGAAACGAAUCAAUAAAAAGAAGGCGGAUGAGGUAAAGAUUGAUCCACCAUUCAUUCACCGACCUGAUAGAACGUUCAUGGUCCACCAACAUAUGCCACUUCCAAUGCAACCGGUUAAGGCAUGGCCUGGUUAUGGUGGGAACGUUUACUUUCAUCCAGUACAAGUGGACAUGAAGCCAAUUAGAGAUAGAGCAUAUUCAACCCGGUCACCAGGACCACGUUCAAAGAGCGUCGCUACCUCUUCACACUACAACAUGUCGCUUUCUUCACCCGAUUUGUUCUCCAUGCCUCGCUACACACCACAUUCCCGCCACAAUGCGAUGUCACCAAGUCUCGCUUCCACACGGAGACCAAUGUCGCAGUUUAUAGAGGUGAAUGACAAACAGGAUGAAAUAGAACAAGCAAACUUAAUUCGCCAUCGCCAAAUGUCACGUCUUGACAAAAAGUAUAUUCUCAAUUUACCAAAGAACACGUCUUUGAAUGAAGAUUGGUCAUGGAUACAAGGAUCGGAGUCACUUGGAAGCUUAAAAAUCGGGAAUCCUGAACUUGAUUUGGAACGACAUUCAAUGAACGAGACGUUUACGCGACACACAUUCGUCGAGAAAAUUCCCAGAAAUUUUAUUUUCCAUCCUUCUAACGGCGCAAUAGAACCGGAGGCGGUUAGGAAAUCUAAACUUCCUGCCAAGCUCAACCCAUUGGCAGUGAGGAAUUAUUGCUACUCGCAUGGUAUCCCGGAAUGGGCACUCAGACAGUUUGUGGAUAAGCAUUAUCGAAAUGCUGACGGCCAGCUUAAGUUUCCAACUAUUCCUUUGAGAAUUAAAGGCAAAGGUGUGACAGACAACCCACACUCGUCCAAUAUAUCUGCGUGGCGACCUGUUGUAGCAAAUAACAAAGGAAGCGGCAAAAGCAAGAAAACGGUAACUCAUAUCGUCCCACAAACUACGAAUGUAGUUUCUAACAAUCACGUGGCAACAAAUGAAUUAUAUGAGAAUCCUUUGAAUUCGGAAAACCGUGAAAGUGAAAGAACACCGCCUCCAGAAGACCGGUUUUCGAACUUAAAGGACUUAUUGGUACAGCAUUACAAACGUAAUUCUGAGUCAAACAUGAUGACUUAAAGAGUGUAUUUGUAAUUCAAUAUAUUAUGUCAUAUUUAAAUAUGAUAUAC